GCUUGUUGGACCUGGCCCGAUGGAAGGACUUGCAGGAGGACACACUCUUCCCCGGCACGAAGAAGCAGAAUCGGCGCUCCUCAGAGGAGAGAGAAGAUUGGAUGGAGGAGAUGAUCAUCUCCAAAUCUUUCGCCUCUAUCCACUCUCCUCGUUUGGAAGAGGCGCAGCGCGACCCUGCAACCUCCAGAACGAGACCAGAACCCUUCAGGAGAUCCCCCGUGUCCGGCAGCAAGUCCGGCACGCGGCCCCGCUUCUACGCCGAGCUGGUGCCUUUCUCCGACUCCGAGGACCACGGGGCACCGGACGAGUCCGCGCUUUCGGCGCACGCCUGGAGCGACCCGUGGGAUUGGUUCUUUCUGGAGGAGACGCCGCCAGCUCCGGCGCUCUCGCGGGGCCGCGAGGCGCCUCGGAUCCGCCGCCUGGAGGGAGCCCUUGGUUCGCCGUGGCUGGCGCAGUCCUCCCCGUCCUCAUCCAGGUCCAUGUCCCCGAGCCCGGAGUCGACCAGCGUCCCGGAGGACGCGGGCCUGUUCCGCAACAACUAUUGGCCCAAGACGCAUAGGAGCUGUCUGGGCCUCCUCUACGUGGAGCGUCGUGGGAGCGUCUUCUACCGCUUGGACUCCAUUCUGGGCGGCUUGUUGGUGGCCACGCUGGGAGGAUUGGUGCAAUACAGUCGGGAUCAUGGCUGGGAGUAUGCGCCGGACAUCCACCACCACUACGGCUUCCAAGCCUUGGCGGCGGGCGUCACCUUUGCCGUGGUCUUCCGCACCCAGCUGGCCUGGAAUAGGUACUGGGAGGCGGUGACGCAGCUGCACUUCAUGUACAGCAAAUAUGCGGACGCCUUUCAGCAGUUCUAUGCCUUCGCCGAGGCGCGCUCCGCUGCCCCGUUCUGGGUGGGCUUCUGGGUGGCUCGGGUGAAUGCUUGGUGUGGGCAGUGCGGUUGUGGUGUCUUCCGAGAUGCCGCAUUCUUGCUGCGAUCCCACGUCGUUGUGACGAAGAAGAUCGCCCGGAAGGCUGGGGAUGAAGACAAGGUGGAGCUGGUCGAGGAGAGAAGGCUGAAAGCUGUCGAGAAGCUGGACCAUGAGAAGCAGCGCCGGCUCCGGGGGAACUUUGCGUUAUUGAGCCCUUCGGACCGACGUGCCUUCUCGGCGGAUCGCCUGAGCAACGGCGACAACCAGAGGAUGGAGGAGGUACAUUCGCAUCGGAUCCGCUCGAGGGCGGCCAUGCGGGUGGACAAGGAGUGGAAGGGCCGCUGGGCGUGGACCAGGGGCUUUUCGCUUCCAGACAUGGUCGAGCGGAGUGAGUAUCAGCGCUCCCAGACCCAUGACAAGGUCUAUGUCGUUUUCGAUCGACCCACACGGGAGCAGCUGGAAGUCCUCUCGCGGACCUUUGCCGCUUGGCGGUUUGCCCCGCCCAACCGGUCGGGCCUUCGCGCGGGCGCGGUGAAGAAUUGUGAACCCCAAGUCCGCGCGGGGAAGAGCGUGCAGACGCGAGGACAACAACAGCAGGACACCGUCUCCACGGUGAUGUACUGGAUCAUUUGGGACCUCGUGGACAUCACGAAGGAGUUGGACGUGGCUCCCCCCAUCCAAUCCAGGAUGUACCAGGAGUUGUCCAAUGGCAUGCUGGGCUUCUACAACUGCCUGAAGAUUGCAGAUGUACCGUUUCCACUGCCAUACGCGCAGCUUCUGGGGCUGUUGCUCAUUGCUUUCUCCUGCCUCAUCCCCUUCUACGUGAUUAUCUUCACAGCCAACCCGGUCAUCGGUCCGAUCCUGUGCUUCUUCCUCUUCGAGAGCCUCUGGUGUCUCAACGAGGUGGCGAAGGAGUUGGAAAACCCUUUUGGUCAGGACCUGAAUGACAUCUCCGUGGCGGAUUUCCACGUGCGCUUCGUGGACGUCCUGGAGGAUGUGGGGCUUCCGGAGCAUAACUCCGUCCUCACCGGUCCCCACGCGCCAGGCAGGGGUCCGAGGGUUCGGAGGGUUCGGAGGGGCACGCUUUGA